GCCUGCCCCACUGAUACAGGAGAGCAGCCAGCAAGGAGGAGGGGACAUCUCACUGGACAGUGUCAGAGGAAGAACAAUGAAGAGAACAAACCUGGAGGCUUGAGUAGUUCUGCAGCAACACUAGGGUUAUCAAACUGUUCAGAAGGCACGGAUUUGUCCUCUAUUGACACUAUGAUGGCAGCCGUCAUGAACUUGGGGAAGACAGCCGAAAAUGGUGUGGUGUCUCCUAAUGUAAAAUCUCCAUCAAAAUCCCUGACUCCUAAUCGGAUUGGCCGUAGAAACCAGGAAACAAAAGAUGAGAAGUCUUCCUAUACAUGUCCUCUAUGUGAAAAGAUUUGCACUACCCAACAUCAGCUGACAAUGCAUAUUCGUCAGCACAAUACUGACACUGGAGGGACAGACCAUUCCUGCAGCAUCUGUGGAAAGUCUUUGAGCUCAGCGAGCUCCCUUGAUCGCCACAUGCUGGUGCAUUCAGGUGAAAGGCCUUAUAAAUGUUCAGUAUGUGAUCAGUCCUUCACUACCAAUGGAAAUAUGCACAGACACAUGAAAAUCCACGAGAAGGAUCCAAAUGGCACCAUGAGCACGCCUCCCUCCCCACUGAAACGCAGACGGUCGUCCACCAAACGAAAACUCGGUCAAGAGCCUGAGACAGACAGGGAGGACCAGAGUCCCGCAAAAAAGGUUGUGGAAGAGCCACAAAGUGGCGAAGCUGAAAAGAAAGCUGAGGAAGAAGCGUAUCGUUGUCCAGUGUGUUUCAAGGAAUUUUCUUGCAAGUAUGGGCUCGAAACCCACAUGGAGGCACAUCCGGAUACUUCUCUGAGGUGUGACAUCUGUUGUAUUACCUUUCGUACCCACCGGGGUUUGUUGCGGCAUAAUGCAGUCAUUCAUAAACAACUUCCAAGAGACCCAUCGGGAAAGCCUUUUAUUCAGAACAACCCCUCGAUUCCUGCGGGGUUCCAUGAUUUGGGAUUCACAGACUUCUCUUGCAGGAAAUUUCCUCGCAUCUCUCAGGUCUGGUGUGAAACAAACCUGCGGAGAUGUACCAGUGAAUUCCAUCGGUAUAUCUGUGAGACGUGCAACAAGGCAUUUCCCAUGCUGUCUGCACUCAAGCUGCACAUGGAAACCCAUACAACAAGUCAGGGCAAAGAAAAGCACAAAGUACAGUCAGAGGAUGAAGAUCUGAAAACUUACAUGGCAUCCUUGGGACUGCAGCACACCAAAGACGUCAAACCCAUCAAGCAGGAGGAACUGGUGCCAGACGAGGUCCAAGAAACGCAGCUAAGAACACUGAAAUGUAACCUACCUCAGGAACCCGGCAGUGCUAACUAUUUGAACAUGUCCCCUCUAGAAGCUGCUUCUGUAGGAGGGCCUUUUUCAGUCCUUCCCUCUGCAAAAGAGAACAUGAAGCUCCUGUCACUACAGCCUUUCCAGAAAAGUUUCAUAAUCCAGCCGGACAAUAGCAUCAUUGUCAAACCCACCUCCGAGCUAGCAGACAUUCAGCAGAUCUUAAAGAUGGCUUCCUCCGCAACCCCCCAGAUCAGCCUCCCACCACUUUCUAAGCCCCCUCUUGUUGGUGCGCAGUCUCUCUUCAAGCAUAUGCCACCACUAAAGCCAAAGCCGCUGGUGGCUCCGCGGACAGUUGUAGCAACUUCCACACCACCUCCGCUGGUCAAUGCCCAGCAGGCCUCUCCUGGAUGCAUCAGCCCAAGCCUUCCUCCAGUGCCCCCCAAGCUGGUCAAAACCUCUGAAGAAUCAGCUUCGAACUCUCACAGCAAAUCCGGAACCAAGCCGAGCUCCCCUCCCCAGGCCAUGGCAGAGCCUCUGUGUCAGCACGAAAUGAAAACUCAGCUGGAACAAGACAGCAUCAUAGAGGCCCUUCUGCCUUUGACUAUGGAGGCAAAAAUCAAGCAGGAGGUAACUGAGCGAGACCUCAAAGCAAUUAUCUCGGGGGCAGCAAACAAGAAGGCACCAGCCAUGAGGAAGGUCUUGUAUCCCUGCCGGUUUUGUGACCAGGUGUUUGCUUUCUCGGGUGUUUUGAGAGCUCACAUUCGCUCCCACCUUGGCAUCUCCCCUUACCAGUGUAACAUCUGCGAUUACAUUGCAGCUGACAAGGCAGCGUUAAUACGGCACUUGAGGACGCACAGUGGGGAGAGGCCGUACAUCUGCAAAAUCUGCCACUACCCUUUCACGGUGAAAGCAAACUGUGAAAGACACCUGCGCAAGAAGCACCUCAAGAUUACUAGGAAAGAAAUAGAGAAGAGCAUAGAGUAUGUCACCAGCAACGCGGCAGAGAUGGUGGAUGCCUUCUGUUCCCCAGACACAGUUUGCAAGUUCUGUGGGGAGGACCUGAAGCAUUACCGGGCACUCCGCAUUCACAUGAGGACACACAGUGGCUGCCAGAAGAAGAAGCCGUUUGAGUGCAAGGAGUGUGGAACCGCCUUUUCGGCCAAGCGGAAUUGCGUCCAUCACAUCCUCAAGCAGCACUUGCACAUCCAAGAGAAGGAGAUAGAGAGCUAUGUGCUGGCAGUGGACUGCACCCCUUCAGAGAGCCAGCCAGGCCCUCUGCUACUGGAAGACAGCACUUACAUGGACUGCAAGACCAUCGCACCUUUUCGAGAACCUCAGAACGGCUUCUUAAUUGGCACCCCUUCUCAUCCGUCGAUCAAACUUGAAAAGGCAAAGAACUUCCCUAUGGAUUUCGAUGAGCCGUUAGAUUUCUCACAAAAGAACAAAAACCUGAACUCCGUGCUGGUGAAACAGGAAAACUCAUUUGAUUCUUCUCUCUAUGACUGUCCUAUGGAGCCCAUAGACUUGUCUAUUCCCAAAGCUCCAAAGAAGGGCAGAGAUGAUGACGCUGUGAGCGAGGAGAAGAAGCAGGAGCAGCUCAGUGGGAAUGAUGAGAAGCACCAUAACCUUCAACAAUCUCCUCCCCCAGUGAAUGGCAACUUGGAAAACCAGGCUGUCAGACAUUCCCACCCACCGAAGGGUCCAUUGCAUUUGACUGUCCCAAUAAUUUCUCCAGCUCUUCUGGGGAACGCUGCUUUGCUGCGCCCCUUGAGGCCUAAGCCUCCACCUCUCUUGCCAAAGCCGCCCAUUACUAAAGAGCUGCCACCCCUUGCUUCCAUUGCACAGAUUAUUUCGUCUGUGUCUUCUGCUCCUGCCUUGCUGAAAACAGAGGUCACGGACUCUGUUCCCAAGGCAGCCAGCAGCUCUGCCGGGUCUGAAAAAUCUGCGGGAUCCAAACCAAAAGCAACCAGUGUGACUGCAAUUGAGACAGAUACCAGCAUUCCCGGUGACUUGACACAAGUGGUGGGCAGUCCAGAUAGGCUGCAAAAGCCUGCCCCUUCUGGAUCCAUGAAGAAAAGAGGCAGGAAGAAAGGCACGAAGAACAAGCCCAAACUGAGCAGCGGCAUGGAUCUGGAAUCAAGCGGUGAGUUUGCGAGCAUAGAGAAGAUGCUGGCGACCACGGACACAAAUAAGUUCAGCACGUUUCUGCAAUCAGCUCCAGGCUUCAAACAGGCAGUUGACCAAAAUGGAACCAGUGAAGAAGAGAGAGAAACAGUUGAGGACAAGGUAUUAAGAGGGAAGAAGAACGCUUACUCAAACUGCAUCCAGAAAGUCAGCUGUCCUCACUGCCCUAGAGUCUUUCCGUGGGCAAGUUCCCUACAGCGGCACAUGCUGACUCACACAGGUCAGAAGCCCUUCCCCUGUCAAAAAUGUGAUGCCUUCUUUUCCACCAAAUCUAACUGUGAACGCCACCUCUUACGCAAACAUGGAAUUGCCAGCUACUGUCUAAGAAGAAACGGGCUUAUCCCCCAGUCUAAAGAAAGUGAUGCUGGAGCUCAUGAUAGCACAGACAGUCAGUCAGACCUGGAGAACGCAGGUGCCGGAAGCGAAGCACUAGACUUGACCUCUGGCGAGCGAGACCACCCAGAGGAGGCCACUGAGCUUCUAGAAUCUGAGUGCAGCCCCAAAGAGGAGGAGAAGGUUGACUCAUCCCAAGGAGAGGAAGAUGCACAAGUGAAAAUAAGCGAGGAUGAAGAGGGACUGGAAGAAGACUCUGCCAGCAACAGAAGCCUGGACCUCAAUUUUGCUAGCAAGCUGAUGGACUUCAAGUUGGCCGAAAGUGACCAGAGCACAGGAAGCGGCAUUCAGACUGAAAAUAAAUAUGCCUGCAACGUUUGUGGGAAAUCCUUCAGAUUUGCUGGCACGCUCAGCCGGCACAGAAAGGCCCAUGCGCAGGAAGACAGGAAAGAUGAAAAGAGCAGUGAGGAUGAAAGCAAAAGUGUUCAGGACGGACCUCAAGCACAUGCUGCAGAGGACCUCUUUCCUGAACAGGAAGAGCCCUCAAGUGACAUAAAGGUAGCCGAAUCUCCCACAGACGGCGAGGCCACAGGAAAAGAGAAUGAAGAGAGCGAGAGCAUCUCUGAGGGAGAGAGCACAGGGAGGAAAUCUUCUGAAAAGAGCGAUGAUGACAGGAAGCCGAAAGCUGGUGGUAUGGCAAAGAAUGAGUCCAAGGCUGACAAAAGGAAGAAGGUCUGUACAGUUUGCAACAAACGAUUUUGGUCUCUGCAAGACUUGACGAGGCACAUGAGGUCCCACACAGGGGAGCGACCUUACAAAUGUCAAACCUGUGAACGGACCUUUACACUGAAGCACAGUUUGGUUCGCCAUCAGCGUAUACAUCAGAAGGCAAAGAGUACUCGGCAUCAUGGGAAGGAAAGUGACCGAGAGGAUGCCCGUUCCAGGGGUGACGAGGACAGCGAAAAUGAGUCUCUCCAUAGCAGCACCAACCCCAUCUCUGAAAAUGAGUGUGACUCACUUGUGGGGCCUGGUAGCUGUUCUCCCCUCACUAGAAGCCGGAAAGAGAGCCUUGCUAGUGCUGCAAAGGAUUUAAUUUGCAAGGAUGAAAGGCCUAAUGUGAGAACAACUGGCUCUGGUCUUGCAGAGUCUAGUAAGAAUGCACAGAAGCAAGCGGCAAAAGAUCAAGAGUCUCGAGGGAACGGUGACCACGAGAGCUCAUCGGGAUACAUACAGGAUUUGUUGGAGAUGCACAACAAAAAAUCUUCCAUGAGUCACAUUCUUGCCUCUGCAGAGAGCACUCCUCAGCUCUUGGGAGUUGAGUGACAAUUAUGGCAUGCGCCACACCCCAGCAAACUGACCUGGCACACAGAAUAAAAUGGAUGGAACAAGGUUUUUUUUAAGCCCUCAAUGCUGAGUCAACCUCCUGUUGUGAUGCAGAAUGGGGAGGAGGGAGCAUGGCAGACUGGAUUCAGUGCCAUAAACCUUUCAGUAUAAAUAAUGCAAAAGACUACAGUUAUAUACUGAUGAGUGCCUUACUACUUUAUUAGGUCUUUUGGUAUCAUAGAUUUUUUUUAAAAACGAAAAAGAUGAUUUUUAAAAAAAAGAUUUUAAUGAAACUAUUUGGAGAGGACCUUUUUCAUUUAAGCAUUAAUGUUACCUUUUUGUAUUGAGGUGUGUGAGCUUGUUCUUGUAUAUCUGUGAUAGCCGCUGUGUGUGUUCUCUCUGAGCUGGAAACAAGGAGUCAGUGGGGCAAGGAAGCCCCUGGAAACUGCAGCCAAUAACUGGAAUAAACUUUUAAGAAAUCCCCAAUAGAGGAACUAGGGAUAAAGGUGUUGAUUUGUUUCAGUUUUUUUUUCCUAUGGUAGGGUUUUUUUUAAAAUAUUUGCUGGAGGGGCAGUUAAUCCGGUUCUGUGUAUUAAUAUGUUGAUUAAGGUUUUCAAAGUUGGUCCAAGCCAGAAACAGGAAAAACAAAUUUAAACCACAUACUUGCUUUCCACCCCCCUCCCCUUGUAUUAGCAAUGAUAAUGUUCUAGCUACUGUCAUUUUGUAAACGGCUCUUUCUGACUAUUGUGGACUUUGAGCAUACAGAAGGAGUUGCAUAGUGACUUUAAAAAACCUAUGGAAAUUAUGCACCGUUAUAUAUGUUUGAUUUGUGCUUCAAUAUAUUAUUAUUAUUAUUUUUAAUAUUUUAUAAAUGUUGUCAGUUUGCUAAUCUCUGCGUUCAGCAGAAACCAAUGGGCAAUAUUUGCCUACGGAGAUCUACGACGCAGCCUGGAUUGCCUGCUUAAAUGUUUCUGACCUAAUCUCUCACUGACUCCCUCCCCUCCCUCAUGGGUUUGCAGCUCUUCUACUGUAUUUAUAUGGAACCGUCUUCCUCUGACUAGAGAAUCAAACAGAGGCCAAUUAAGCAGUGAUCAGGAGUGCGCUAGGGGUAGUUUCAGUGGUCGCAGUUCAAUGUAAAUGAAUAGAAAGGGAGACGGAUUUCUUGUCGUCUGGGAGAAGUCUGAGGGGAAGAAGACUCUCCAAAUGCACGUGGAAGGCACUGCAAAUACUAUGAAGUUGACACUUGUUUGAAAUAGCAAUAGUUGCAUUUUUUUACAUUGAUGAGCAAGAAGAUUCAGUCUUCCAGCUGAAAGAUGGAAAAUAAAAAUAAAUUUGAAAGCCUUAAAUGAUCUUGCUACCAUAAUGUGCUUUAAAGCAAGGAAAAAAAUACUACUGGCAAUAAAACUACAGAUAACUAUUAGACAUGUCAGGUUGACAGAAUAAACUUCCUUCCCAAGAUUUCUAGGGUUGAUGCUUAGAUUCUGGUGGUCCCCCCGCCCCCUAAAUUUUCAAUUACGUUGAGAUUGGAAUGCAUAUCUUGUUGCUGGCAACAGGAGAUGUUGUAAAAUGCCAAUAUUAGAAUGAUGAUCUGUAGGUCAGAUAAGCUGGUGUGCUGGGGGUGUACAGUUUGUUCCACCCUGAUGCGAAGUCCAUUAAUUUUGAAAAACAAACAUGGGUUUUUGUGGAACCUCAGUGUUUAAGAUGGCUGCAUUGUUAAAUUCCUGUAUCACGACUUAAGAUUCAAGUGCAAAAUCAGAUAAAGAUAGAAGAGGCAUUAAUUUUGAUGGUCUUGCAAAGGCAAGGAACUAAUUGGGAGUCUUGUGGACACCUUUUAUGAGCCCUCUCAUGUCUUUUGCCAGUUGGUAUGAUUCUGUGCUCUCCCUUUGUAAGAUGCAGAUAUAGGGAAAUGACAUUAGAAUGCUGGCUGUGAUACGUUCACAGUGACUUCCUGUCCUCUUCUGUGAGAACAGAGACUUCUUUGUUGGUGCAGUGGUUUUGUGAUCAUAGCCACCGUCUCCUGUAGGGUGUAAGCCAGUUUACAUCCCAGCAUUCUGGUUCAGAAAGACUUGUGGAUUGGGUAUAGGCCUCCUUCUGAAGUAGCUCUAAUUUUUAGAGUGCUCAAUAUAUAUAUAUCUUGUCCUUCAGUUUUGAGGGCCAAAAAAAAAAAAAUGUCUGGAGCCCCACUACGCUAUUCCUCCAAUUAGGCCCCUGUUUUUUGUCCUCCCCUGACCUCAAAGUCUAUACCUCAAGUGAUCCUCCGGACCAAGCACCAUUUAAAUGAAUGGAACUUGUAUGGGGAAACUACCAUGCACCAUAUAUUCUCCUUCACAAUUGGACAGUAAGUCUUUCUGUCUUAUAUCCACUACUUCCUGGAGGCCCAAAUCAGACAGCAGAGGUGAAAGGUGCACCAUCCUAGACUGAUAAAAUACUUCAUAUAAAAUUAAAAAGAGAGGGGAGAAAUGUGAAUUUUAUUAGAAGAUGCAAAACCCAGGUUUGAAACUGUUCCUGCAGAAUAGUAAAAAUGAUUCCUUAAAAAAAAAAAAACCCUUCUGCUAAGUGACUCUAAUCAAAGGAAGUUCACGUAUCCCGUAAUUUGUAUUGCUAUUAUAUAAUAAUAAUAUUAUUUUGGGGGGGGGGGUGAGAGGUAUUUUUGUUCUUGGGAUUUUUUUUUUCAACUCUCCACACUAAAUGGCAUAAUACUGUGGGGGAGAAGCCAUUAACUAAAUAAGGAUUGGCAAACUUGACCCCCACCCCUUCCCCAGAUGGUAAGGGGCACUCAAUGUCCCAUUGUGACCUGCUAGGUGCUUAAUUAUCUCCGAAGCAGGCCUCGGCCUCUGGCAAGAGUGCCAUAUAUGGUCGGGGUGGGGGGGGGUGCGUGCAGGUUUGACAGGCCUGAACUAAACUUUAUGCUGCAGGAAUAAUGUAGCAAAUAAAUUUCCCAGCACCCUGCCGGGACAUCUGCUAGCAAUAAUCACUAUUGAUCUAAAGCUUUAUUUAGCCUUUAUCUAUAUCCUAGUAGAUUAUAAAAUCUUGCCACAUUUUAUUGAUGUUUUUAUUAGUUGCAUUUGAUGGAGGAAGAAAACCCCUUGUUUGUGCCCCUCACCCCACCCACUUUUGCCGCCCAGGCCCUCCUCACAUUCACAACUCCCUAUAUUAAACUGUGAAAUGUAUAAUGUGUUUAAACUAUGGGUGAAUCUUAGGCUUAGUCUUGCAUGUGCAGAUCAUUUGUUUCUCUCUCCGCUUUUUUUUUUUAAAUUUCAUUCCCCCCCUCUUCUCUCAGGGCUUUAAAAAGACAAGCAUUUCUCUCCCCCCCCCCCCAAAUUAUCUUCUUGGAUUUGCAAUCACUACAUUAAGCACUUGACUGUGAAAGCUUUGAAAGGAAAGCAAACCAGGUUACAAGCAGAGCUAAGGACUGCAGCUAUGUUGAAAUAGUUGUUCCAGUGAGAGCUCUGUUGAUGGUUCAGUGGCCGCUUCUGAACGAGUCUCCCCCUUUCCGUUUAUCCCGAUCCUCAAUUCUUCCAUUACCCAGCAUUGUGCACUGGAAUACCCCCUUGUCCAGUGAUGAGCCUGUGUGUGUGUUGCUAUCCCCUUUAUUGGUUGUGCUAUGGAACUGUGGUGUAGGGGGGAAGUGGGAGUGAGGGUGGAGCAGGCACUGCAUUCAAUCCUCUAGCCUUUCAGAGCAGUUACGGAAGGGAAAAGAGCUGGAAGGGACAUAAAAUGAACCCUUACCUCCUUGCUGUCAUAAAUCCUUGCCUACGUUUCUUUCAGUCCCCGCCCAGCGGCAUACUGCUUUUGAGGAGGUAAAGUAUCCCUUGUAAGCUCCCUUCUGUAACCUAUCUAUGCUGAUAGUACUAUUGUUACCAAGAAUUGGGAGGGUGUGUGUGUCUCUUCCUCUCCUUUUCUCCACUCAAGAAGGAACUUUAAUCCUAAAAUCUUCAGUCCCAUGCAAGGAAAACAACGAUUAGUAUGUAGAAUUUAUAUGUAUAAAUAUUUUUUUUCUAAAGGGAACUUUAUAAAACUGCUGCUACAAGUUGUGUACAAGACUGGUUUAUGCCACAUGAACAGAGAAUCACACAUUUUUGUUUGGGUACUUCAAUUCCUCCUCUUAUUCAGUUGUAUGUUACUUCCAAAUUCAAAAUGAUGAAAAUAAUGCUGUUCUGUAUCAAACAAUCUACGCAAUAAAAAUGUUAUAUUUAAAAAACAA